AUGUCUUUGUCUCCUUCGCCCUCGCCUUCGUCCCGAAGGUCCACACCGAAGCGCCAUCCGCUCCAUGAACGAACGAAAUCCCAAAAUAACGUCAUCCGUCCAGUCUCCCCGACCCUUCGACUAGUAUCAAACCGAUGCCACGAUGACUCUGAGGACGAUAAUUUCAGCAUUCCAGACGAUGUUGAUGUGUACUCCGCCAAUCCAUAUCCUACCAAGCCAUCCCAUGUGCUAUUACCGCCGGGUUCUGCUGCCAGAGGUCGCAUAUCUAGAAGUGGCAGCCCUUCAACCAUGGUUUCGGACAACUGGUGUUCCAGAACCAGUCUUUCUCCACAAUUAGAGCCUCCCAGUCCCAGGGGACAGCCCUCUGCCAGCGCCUCAGACCUCUCUACUUAUAUGGGAAACACCUCGAGCGCGAUAUGGGGCCAGGAUCCGAAGUCAAGCAACACCACGAUCGCUCGCUCGGUUACCCCACAUGCGUUUGACAGCGGUGAUAGCGGGAACGAUGACGACCAGGACAAAUCCUCCGACCGAAGCAGCGUAACUGCUCUUCCAAAACCUGCAGCCACCAUCAAGCUGGUUAACCAAGGAGAACCAUCGCGCCUCAGAACCCCUCCUUCCGAUGGCUCGCUCAUAAUUGGAUGUUCCAUCACCAGGGGUCAUUCAUCCUCUUCCAAUGGGUCCUCAAAUGUAGCCCGAAUCGGAUACACAUCUAGUCCAAACCUAGUCCCAUUGAAUAGCUCGUCGCCUAAUGUGCUCCCUAUUGGUACCUCUCCGAACGUUAUAAGGACCAGGGUUUCGGAAUCCUCCUUGUUCUCGGCAAACUCAUUUGGCACAGCUAUAAGGUAUAUCCGCAACCGAAGAGAGCCAAACAGUGCUUCGGAAUCAGCCUCCGUGAAUCGAUACGACUCCAAGACACCAUCUAUAUCAUCGAGCCCCCCAGUGCCUGUGCUAAGAUCUUACCAGUCGACAUCUACCCUUGAACUUGCCCCUCGGUCAGACAACGGUAGCCAAGGAAAUGUGUCAUUGCCCAGCAUGCCAUCCGACUCUGAUAUCCGGGCAGUCAUGAACAGUGGAACGCCUGUACAAUACCCAACUCUACGGCCACCCUCAUCGUCUAGUUCAUUUGCAGAGACUUCUAUGGUGUCUAUCCCUGAACCCUUGGUCCUAAACCGACCUCCAACCAGACGCUGGAACCCACAUUUGUCAACCGUAUCAUCCGAAUUAUCAAUGUCAAUGGAGGAACGACACAACCUUCCCUCUCUAUCCCUCGAUGGCAACCCGGCAGAUAGGUCUCAGCAGGGAGGCGGAUCCGAUCACUCCUGGAGCUCGGCGAAUCAAUCAACCGAUAUGGUAGAUCACUCAGUGAUGGAUGCAUCCGAAAUGGAUGAAGUCAGUGACCGCAUUACGCAUCUUCAUGCACUACGUGUUCUGAAACACAAAACAUCCGCCACGUUGAGCUAUCGAUCAUCAAUCUCGAGGCACGGUUCUCUUAGCCGAUCUGGUUCAACCGCAAGUGGGAUCCUUACCAACAUCCCCCAAUGGGCAAAGAUCUACUACCAGGGCGGAAGUCUUGCCUUCCUAUCUGCAAUCUCUCUUGUGGAUGUCAGCCGGCCAAAUACCCCUCGCGAAAUGCACACUGUGACUCAUGUUUCCUACUCUGAACCUCUGUCCUAUUCCGAGCCCUUGGAUGAACACUCAAAUCAAGCCGUGCCCAGGGACACCCGUCGAGACUCCCGCGAUCCAAGGACACACUGGGCUGGUAUCGUUGGUGAAGAUGAGGUCACGCCUCAAAAUUCACGCGAGGAGACUCCAAGAACCGUCUGGUCACCGCACUUAUACACCGAUAAACGCUUUCGUGCGACCGAUAGGACAAUCUGGAGAGCCCCUCCAUACGACGAAUCUGCCUGGUUGAUCGCUUCAUUUCUCCCAUUGCCGAUUAAACCACCGUGUUUUGAUGACAAAACGUCAGGCAAGCAACCGGAUGUUGAGAAAGCAACUGCCCACCGAGCAGCGCUGGUUGAUAAUUUACGUUUUGAAAAUGCCCGAUGGUGGCGGAAUUUGAACCGCUGCAUGACGCCAGUUGGCUUGUCAAUCAUUGUAAUAGUUAUCACACUAUCCGUUCUCGGAUCACGAAACGCACUAUGA